UCGCCAAAAAAAAAAAUGAAAACCCUAAUUUUCAUAAUCCUCCUCCAAACGAUUUUGAUUGUUUCAAAAGUAUACGCAGAAUCAUCCUUACCAGACCAAACAUUCGGGAACUGCCUCAAUGAUUACCAUUACAGAUUCGGAGAUCCAAACAUUCCGGUCGCCGAUCUCACUUACGGACCAAAACACCCUUUGUUCCUCACUGUCCUGAAAAACUACGUCCGAAACCUACGCUUCUACAACGACAGCACGCGUAAACCGGUCCUGAUCGUGACCGCGGGCGAGGUCUCUCACGUCCAGGGCGCGAUCUUAUGCGCCAAGGCUCGAGGCCUCGAGCUGAGGAUCCGAAGCGGAGGCCACGACUACGACGGUCUAUCCUACAAUUCCGACAAAGACUUCGUCCUUCUCGACAUGUCUAAUCUCCGUUCCAUCGAGUUCGACCCGAGCCUCGACACGGCUUGGGUCGGGGCAGGUGCUACACUGGGAGAGCUCUAUUACGUCAUUGCCAAUAAGAGCGAUGUUAAGGCGUUUCCAGCCGGGCUUUGUCCUGGGUUAGGGACCGGAGGACAUUUUAGCGGUGGAGGGUACGGUGCUAUGAUGAGGAAAUACGGUUUGUCGGUCGAUAACAUCGUCGACGCUCAGUUCAUUGAUGUUAACGGUAAAGCUCUUGAUCGGAAUUCAAUGGGGGAAGAUCUUUUCUGGGCGUUACGUGGUGGAGGGGCAGCCAGUUUCGGUGUGGUCAUGGCGUGGAAGAUAAAACUCGUCCCCGUCCCCGAGAAAGUUACUGUCUUUACGGUCUCGAGGACGGUGGAAGAUGGAGCCACCAAUAUAAUCCUCAAAUGGCAAGAGGUUUCGGACAAGAUCGAUAACGAUUUGUUCAUAAGACUGACGUUGAGUGUGACGAACGCAACCAAAUCGGGCAAGACCGUGAAGGGUACGUUCACGGGAAUGUUCUUGGGGGGUUCGGAGAAGCUUCUAGAAGUUAUGAACUCGGGUUUUCCCGAACUGGGUCUGAACAAAACCGAUUGUACCGAGAUGAAAUGGAUCGAAUCGGUUCUGUAUAUGUUCAGUAUCCCGAAGGACACACCGACUUCUGUCUUGCUCGAAAGGAUCCCUAAACAGCUGAUAUAUCUCAAGAGGAAGUCCGAUUACGUUCAAGAACCGAUCCCUAAAACCGGUCUCGAAUCCAUAUUCGAGGUCAUGGCUGAGAACGAGAAGGUCUCGAUGGCAUGGAACCCGUAUGGCGGGAGGAUGAGCGAGAUCUCCGACAAGGAGACACCGUUUCCUCACCGUGCCGGGAACAAGUUCUUGAUUCAGUACUCUGCGAACUGGUUCGAACCGGGCAAUGACAUAGCGGAUGUUUACUUGAACCAGACGGAAAGACUGUUCGAGGCGAUGGGUCCGUACGUGUCGAAGAACCCUAGAGAAGCGUUCUUGAACUAUAGAGACAUCGAUAUCGGUACGAAUGCGAAUUCGACGUACGACGAAGGGAAAGUGUACGGAACGAAGUACUUCAAGAACAAUUUCGAGAGGUUGGUUUCGGUCAAGACGAGGGUCGAUCCCGACAACUACUUCCGGUACGAGCAGAGCAUUCCGGUCCGGUCCGGUUAAUGAGAAAAUGUUAGGUUGUACCCGAAUAUCAUAUACAUUUGUUUUUUUAUUCACAAAUACAUGAUGAAAUUGUCUUAUCAUUAUUAUUAUUAUUAUUAUUAUUA